CGAAUGCUGAACUUUUAGCCCGGAUUAAUUAAAUUUAGUGGCAUAUUUGCACGCUUUCAGUUUAUUGGUAGAUAUUUGUGCCCUUGUCAACAAUUUUCAUAGGUAUUCAUGUACUAUCAAAAUUGUCAUGCCAUUUGGUAGGAUCCAUGAGUUCCAUAACCAAUCUACUGAAGCAGAAAGCUUUCCUUAAGGUUCCCAAAUUCAGUCUAAAAACAAAACUCCGUACUUAUUUUAAACAGCUUGCUGAGGAUUAUCUCUCAUCUGGUCGCGAUACUUUACAACUUAUACGCAAGAACCCUAUACGUUCCUUUCUCUGGAGUUCUUCAAUUUUAAGUAUAUCAUAUAUUGUACACACUCGUCCAGAUAAGAAAGAUUAUUAUGCGUCACUUAUCGAAUCUGCGAUUGACCUGUGGGAAGUCCCAGACUUUAUACGCAACUCCAAAAGUACGUACUAUGUUCACAGAUGCCUUCAGUUGUAUUUCAAAGAACAGCUUAGAUAUAGUAACUUUGGUUUAUUCACUGUUAUCUGGCGUGACGAUCGCUGUCAGUCAUGUUGUCAGUACGCAGAGGUAUGCAAGUACACAUAUCCUGCUAACGGAGGUGGAAAUUUUACGGGCCUUAUUCGUUUACUCUUAUUUGAUCGACCUCAAGAGAGGGGUUGGCUACGCAUCCGAAAUAUUGUCAAUGAUCGUAUAUUGGAUUUCGGUUUCAUGGGGAAAUGGUGGCUUAUGUCACACUAUAUGGAAGACUAUGAUGUUAAUCCUGAUGAAUGGGAGAAUGUCACCCAAUUUACAUGAAAGAAAAUCACCCCGUAGUUCUCCUAAAAAGAAUGUGAAAACAAGCCAGACUUCGCGUUCAGACGUUCAAAAAUCGUCCACCGAAACUGAAAUUAACAAUGACCAAAAUAGUGAUGCUCUGUGUUUAGACAGUUCUACAAGUAACACAGAUGAAGACUGGGAAGUAUUAAAUGAAGAGAAUUUGUAUGUUGACUGCCAGGGCUUGCUCGAAGAUGAUAUCUUAACGCCAAACAGUGUUAUCCAUCUUGUUGAUCUAGAAUCAGAGAAACCUCUUAUGCAGGUUGGACCAGCAGUUUUCGAAGGACAUUAUGAAGAUGUCGUUGGCACAUAUUUGUUGUUUGAGAAUUGUAAAUCUCCACUGGACAGUACUCUGUUCACAGAAAGCGGGACAGCUACAUUUUCUAGUCGAAAAGUAAAUGAACAAACACAAAAUACAGCAAACUAUGUUACUAAAUGUUCAAAGUCACUUUUAUUUCAACGUAUUUUUCUCAAGACGAAAGCUGAAUAACACUAGCAACUUUACUUAGUAUUUCUAGUACCAAUUUUAACUCCUGAUUCUGUCUCCGUUUAUGAAUACCUAUAUUUGUGUAAUAUUAAUAUAUACGUUCACUGAUAACUUCUCUUAUUUCACUGAAAUGACGACUGACAGUUUAAAUUAAUGGAUUGUGUUUAGUAUAUAUAUGCGAAAGGUCUCACAAAAGAGAGAAAAAG